GUCCUCUCUCGUGCCUGGAAACAACCAGGAUCAACGGGGACAGCUGAAAGCUAGCCAGGAGACUCAUCGCAUGAGAUGGAGAACAACAGCAAAAGUAGCAAGGAUGCCCUGAUGAUGGAGGCACCCCCGGUGAGUCUUUCUCCACCUGGGACUGAGUUCCUGCUCCUGCAGGAUUACAUGGCCUCCCCCCGGCUCCCCGGACUGCCUUGCAAGAAGCUCUUGAUCGUGGUUGUGGUGGUGGUGGUGAUCGUUUUGGUUGUUCUGGCUUUUGGGCUGAUGGGUCUGAGUAUCACGGAGAAGCACACGGAGACUGUCCUACAAAUGACCAUCCAAGGCCUGGAUGGGGAGGGCUCCCCACAGCAUCUUUCCAUGAGCAGGAAGGAGAGACUGGCCACCUUCCAUGUCAGCAGGGUCAAUUCUUCGGCCACCGUGGUGUAUGACUACAGCAACCUCCUGAUUGGCUACAGAUCUUGGCCAGGACAGUCCUGCUACAUCACCAGAAUGAAGAAGGAAAACAUCCAGAGCCUGGAUGCUGCUGUCAAGGUGUUCCAGAACAUUCAGCCCAGGCCUCCGGCGUCAUCCCUCAAAGAGAACGAGGAGGGAACAGAAGGGCUCCCAGUGCCGCUGGCUGACCGUUCUAUCCUGGGUACCACCAUCAACAUCCUCUGUAGCAGCGUCCCCAUCUACUGGGCUUAGAGGAUGAGAGAAGUGAAGACCAAAGACCCAACAGAACAUGCACACCAGCAACGAAAGUCAAACUUCCUGCAACAGGGAUGCUCUGCAAGAGAGAUCCCUGAAAUGACCCUGUGGGAAACCUCAGCCUUUAUGUAGAGAUCAUAGAAUUGCAGAAUUUGAAGGGACCCAAAGUUUCAUGUAGCCCACGCCCACCCCACAAUGCAGGAAUCACAACAAAUAGAUAGAUACAGUAGAUAGAUAGAUGAUAGAUAGAUAGAUAGAUCUGGAAACACCCCUUUGCCAAUGUCUUGGCAUCAGGGGAUAAAGUCCAUUCUCGGUCAAUUGCCACGACUUUAUCAGAACAGAGAGCCACAUGCAGCAAACACACGGAUUGAAGCAUUGCUAGACUAAGCCAUUUCAUGGGAGUGGGAGCCAAUUGUUCAAAGGCAGAGCCCAUGCUUUGCAUGCAGAAAGUCCCAAGUUCAAGCCCUGGUAUAUCUCCAAGGUGAAAGGCUUAUGCCUGAAAUCUUGGAGUUGAGGAAUCAGAUGGUCGAGAACAUGCUGAGCUGAGCUAGCUGGACCCAUCUGGUCUCAGGCUACAGGCGGAAGCUGGAGUGCAUGUUCUCCUACCUGCACACACACUUCUGGCAUGGUAUUUCCUAAUUAUUUUAUUUCACAAAAUUUGUACUCAGCUUGGUCGUAAAAAAAAAGCAACAACCUCAAAGCGGUUUACCAAAAUAAAGAUAAAACCAAAAAAUUACCAAUUAGAAACAUUAACAACAAUAAUUUAAGACCUACAAAAGUAGGGUUGCCAUAUGUCCGAAAUUUCGCCGACAUACAGGGAAUACCGCUGUCGGAAGCAGUCUCUGGGUGGAAAUUGGG